GUUUGGCUGGAUUUUUGAUUUCUGAAUUUUGACGCCAGAUUUUUUGUUUCGAAAUCUGAGACAAAUGCUGACAACAACAACACGAUUGCGAUUCGCAUCAUCGACAACGGUGGUCCGCUUGAGCGAGACGAUCGCAACAGCAACAAUGGCAGCGACACGACGAGUGAGUGCUCUCGCUUCCUCACCAUCAUCGUCGCCACCCAUCACCACUACCAUCACCACAACGAUGAUGAUGCUCAUGGGCCCAUCAUCUGCGAUGACGCCAUCGCUAUGGCGUGGCGCUCACGUUGUCAAAUCGGCUGCCGAUUUCCGCCAAUUCACUCCGAUUUCCCAUCCAGCAGCAGCAGCAGCAACCAAGCGUUCGUACCACCACCACCACCACCAGCCUCAGUCUCAGCACUCGCUUCAUCACCCAUCCCCAGGUGGUCGUCCCACUUCAACUCCUCCAACGACAACAGGGUCCAAUUUCCACUCGUCGUCGGCUCAGUCCACUUCAUCCACCUCCAAGUCAAACUCUGCGUCAACCACCCAUCCAAGAAUGACGGCGCCUGCUCCACCCAACCCAUGGGCCUCCAACAACAUCAAGGUGCUCGAGCUCGCCGACAAGAAGGAGCUCGUCCUCGCCGAUAUGUGGAAGGACCAGCGCGUCCUGCUCAUUCUGUUGCGCCGCUUUGGCUGCAGUCUCUGCCACGAGCAGGCCAGCCACGUUCUGGAAAUCAAGCCACAGCUCGAUGCUGCAGGCGUCAAGAUUGUCCUCGUCGGCACGGGCAACCGCUACUUUGCCGAAAAGUUCAUCGAGAACGUACCCGGCAACGGGCAACGGUUCCCGGCGGAGGUCUACAUUGACCCCGAGCAGACGGCGUACAAGGCGCGCGGCUUGCAACGCGUCGGCCUGCUCCACUUUCUGAGCUGGACUGCCAUCUCCGAAUGGCGCAAGGCAAACAAGAAUCACCCCAACGCCGAUCUGCAAGGCGACGGCCUCCAAACCGGCGGCAUCUACCUCGUCGGUCCCGGCGCCGAUUCCGCCAUCCACUUUGCCUUCAACGAGUACGAUCAUCCCGUCGGCACGCUUGUCGACAAUGAUCAGAUUCUUGCGGCAGUGAAGGCAACCCAGCCGUAAUUUUUUUGAAGACGAGCAGCUGCAAUUUGCUCAGAUUUUCCAGUGCUGUCUCUUUGAGUGUCUCUUGUUUCCAUCCAAUUCACGAAAUGUCAAUACCUCCUUACUGUCUUACUGAGCUGGUCUUUGCGGUUGAUUGACUUGUCGAGCUCCAGCAAAGUAUCAGAGCUCAAUUCUUCUGUACAAUUUGAAUCCAAUGCCAUAAUGCCCC